AUGAUAACCCAGGACGAGGUACAAGGAAAAGAGUUCGCCUUCGAAUAUCCUUACGGAAGCGAAGUCAUUCGAGUUACUCGCUGUUCCCUGUUCCCGGACUUCCGAACUACGGAGAGUCCCUGGACGGCGUUGUUCAAGAUAGACAAGCAUUGGACAAAGGAACUCGAGCACUUGCAACGGGGUUGUACCAGCAUAUCACGACGAGAGCUGAUGGACAAUGCAUCGAUAGUCCAAAACGCGGACUACAAAAGGGCAUCCGCCAACAGCAGUGGCUACUUGGGGAAGAGCGACCGGACUUCCAAUCCAAGACCUGCUAACCCAUUUGAUUCCCCUUCGAGAGUAGGACGUUCAUCACAGACAGGGGGUCCUUCUCGAGCCGGCAUGGGAUACGAUCCAUAUCCACACCCAAGUCUGCGGCCGUACGCGAAAUUCUCGUACACCCAGCAUACACAACAGGCUGCCCAUCAGCCUCAGCCCAUACAGCUGGAACCAGCUCCCCAGUUCCCUCCGUCACCACGUUGGCACCCGGUUUCACCUCGGGGCUCCCAUAUCCCCAUGAGUCUUGGCUAUGCCAGGAUUCCUACACAUGGCUUGCCCAUCUUCCCACCAACAGGACCUAUCCCCCCAGCACAGGCUAGACGCAGGACUUCGCCAACUCCUUCUCGGAACGAUGGAAGAGAAACUCCUUCAGGACCAGGACGCCCCUCGUCGGCAACAAGUACCAACGACAGCAUGCCAAACUGGGUCCUAUGGCGAGAUGUCGACCAUGAGGACUACCGUGAUGAAAGGGAGAUCAAGAGCGAGCCGCCCUAG